GGCGUGGUCUUACUUCUCGCCGGAAGGGUCGGACGCCAUCAAGGCUUGGAGGAUGGGUCCCAACGGGAUCGGGAGAGGAAAGUGGAAUGGACCUGGGAAUGGUGAAAACAAAGGCAUUAACAAUGACGGUAACGGAGGUAAUUGGAACAACGGUGCUCCGAACAGCAAUGGAGGAAGUGGAGGUUGGAACGGGAAUGGAGGCAGCGGAGGGAAUAAUGACGGGUGGAACGACAAUAACGGAGGAAAUCGUAGCUGGAACGGCAACAACAAUGGAUGGAGCACCAACGGGGGCAAUGGAUGAAACGAAAACAAUGGUAAUAGAUGGAACGACAACAGCGGCAACGAAGGGAAUCAAGGGAGUGGCAGCCGAGACUGGAAACGAUCGGCGCAGUGCUAUAACUGCAACUAGUAUGACCAUAUCAGCAGGGAGUGUAAUGCUCCCCGUCAAGGUAACAAGCAAGGACCGAGCUACAAUCAGGGAAACUUCAAUCACAGGAAUAACAAUCAAGGUGGUGGAUCAGAAUCAUGAGGCCAGCACGUCGAGUGGUUCAAAUGAGCCAGCAGUGGCGACCGAUAUUAGUAAAGAACUUGAGGAGGGAAUUCGAAUGAUGUGUAAGUAUACGAGCAAGCAGUUGGAGUUAGAGGAGAAAAAAAAAGUCGAGAAAAAAACGGCAGAUGAGAGGAAAAAGCGUGAGGACGAGGAAAGAUCGGCAAUAGAAGAGAGGAAUCGGUUGGGGAUCUUGAAGAAGAAAGCAAGGGAGGAGAAGGAAGUUGGUAGAGAAUCGAGGUUAAAGCACUUAUUAGCUAAGCAGAAGGAGUCUCUGAAGGAAGCAUUCGAACGCAUGUUUGAAGCAAGACUGAGGAAGAUGGUAAUGAUAGAAAGAGCCGUGAAAGGUAAGGCGAAGGUUGUUGAGUCGGACUCUGAAGAGGAGGAGGAGGAACUAUAGGAAAGAUUAGAGAAACCGAAAAGACAGCCUGGCCAAGCGUGUAAGGUUAGCCCCCAAG